UGGGUAAACUAACCCUUUAAUUUAAUACAACGUGCAUAUGUCAUUAAAGGCUGAGUUCAGUUUACAGCAACAUAUCUAUGGACACACAUACAUAAAGUUAUAGGGUUUAUAUAAACACACACACACACAAACUUUUUCUUUUUUGGCAUGACUUUUGAGAUGGGAUAUCCCUGUUUUGAAACGAGACCUAUUUGUAGUAGUGUCAGGUCUUUAGCACUUCCCCCAGUCUUACGUCACAGCUGAUAAAUCUUUAAAACCAGUCAAACAGAAUUCAGUUCAGUAUACGCUCGCUUAUUAUCAGCACUGAACAGUGAACACAAACUUUACAAGAAAUGUCUCUUGUCAAGCAGAAUCUUCACCCGAAUAAUGAGGCAAACAUCAACAAACUGAUCAACCUCAAACUGACGGCCUCAUAUGUGUAUCUUUCCCUGGGAAUGUAUUUUGACAGGGACGAUGUGGCUCUGCCCAACUUCUCAAAGUUUUUUCUGGAGCGUUCACUGAAGGAGAGGGAUCAGGCGGAGAACCUGCUGGAGUAUCAGAACACAAGAGGAGGACGAAUCCUUCUCCAAACCAUCUCGAAGCCCAGUCGUGAUGACUGGAGAGGAGGUCUGGAUGCUAUUACUUUUUCUUUGGAUCAUCAGAAAUCUCUCAAUCAAUCCCUGCUGGAGGUCCAUCAAGCAGCUGGAGAAAACUCUGACCCUCAUCUGUGUGAUUUCCUAGAGAGCAACUUCUUUACUGACAGUCAUGACACUAUUAAGACCCUGGGUGACUAUGUUGGCAGUCUGAGUCGCCUCAUCUCUUCUGACCCACACGGCAAAAUGGGAGAGUACCUAUUUGACAAGCACACUCUCUGAUCCACUCACAUCUGAUGAGUUUGGCUGCCAACAAACAGUACAUGUACAAGUUAAUUGGUUUAAGGAUUUCUGCACAAAUUUUUUAUUUCAGUAUUUUUGCCUUUCAAGAGGCAAUUCUGUAAGAAUCACACAGUGUUCAAAGAUGGUACUUUGGUGUUCAAGCCUUAACUAUCUCAUGUCUGUUUACAAAAUGUAUAGGUGCUAGUGU